AUGCCAGGUCAGACGGCAGACGCAGACGCGCCCGAGGCGGCAGAGGCCAGCACAUCCUACGGCGCACAGCAGAUCCAGGUGCUGCAAGGCCUGGAGCCGGUGCGCAAGCGGCCGGGCAUGUACAUCGGCAGUACAGGGCAGCGCGGCCUGCACCACCUGGUGUAUGAGAUUCUGGACAAUGCGAUUGACGAGGUGCAGGCAGGGUUUGCCACAGAGGUGCAUGUGGAGCUGAACCUGGACACCGGAUGGGUCACCAUCAGCGACAACGGCAGGGGCAUCCCAACCGACGUGCACCCAGUCACUGGAAAGUCGGCGCUGGAGACGGUACUGACGGUGCUGCACGCGGGCGGAAAGUUUGGCGGCGACUCCAGCGGCUAUUCGGUGUCAGGCGGGCUGCACGGCGUGGGGCUGUCGGUGGUGAAUGCGCUGUCUGAUGAGCUGGAGGUGUCGGUGUGGCGCGGGCGCAGCCAGUUCAGCCAGCGCUUCAGCCGCGGCGUGGCGCAGUCGCCGCUGGUGGAGGCGCCGGCUGCGGCGGGGGCGCCGAAACGGGGCACGCGCGUGCGCUUCAUUUACGACGAUACCAUAUUUAGCAAGACUCACACCUCGCCUCGCCCUCCCCUCCUGCCACACUGCAGCGCGACGUUUGACCCUGACACCAUCCGCUCCCGCCUCCGGGAGCUGGCCUUCCUCAACAGCCGAGCCACCAUCUAUUUCCGGGCGGGCAACGGCAGCAGCAACGGCGCGGCGGCGGCAGAGGCGGAGCCGGACUGGGAGGUGUUCCACUACUCUGGCGGCCUAGCAGAGUAUGUGCGGUUCCUGAACCGCGACAAAGUGCCCAUCCACGAGCCCCUGUGCUUCAGCAAGCAGGCGAGCGGGCUUCGCAGGGGCGACACCAUCAUCGGCUUUGUGAACAGCAUCAAAACCAUAGACGGCGGCACGCACAUCGACGGUACCAAGGCCGCACUCACCCGCACCGUCAACAGCCUGGGGCGCAAGCUCAAGGCGAUCAAGGAGGGGGAGAGCAACCUGGCUGGGGAGUACAUCAGGGAGGGGCUCGGUGCUGUGGUGUCGGUCAAGGUGCCCAACCCCGAGUUUGAGGGGCAGACCAAGACGCGGCUGGGGAACCCGGAAGUGCGGAGGAUUGUGGAGGGGGUGGUCAGCUCAGCGGUGGGGGAGGCGCUGGAGAUGGAGCCGACCACCUUCAACACAAUCCUGGCCAAGGCGAUGCAGGCCUUCAAGGCGGCCGAGGCGGCCAAGAAGGCUCGCGAGUUGGUGCGCCGCAAGUCGGUGCUCACCAAGUCCACGCUGCCCGGCAAGCUCGCCGACUGCUCCUCCACCAACCGGGCCGAGACGGAGAUCUUCCUGGUGGAGGGCGACUCGGCAGGCGGCAGCACCAAGCAGGCGCGAGACAGGCGGUACCAGGCGGUGCUCCCCCUGCGCGGCAAGAUCCUGAACGACGACAGCAAGCUGUACAAGAACAACGAGAUAGCCAACCUGAUUGUCGGGCUGGGCCUGGGGCUGAAGGGCGAGGAUGCGGUCAACCUGCGGUACGGCAAGAUCAUCAUCCUAACUGAUGCUGACGUGGACGGUGCCCACAUCCGCACCCUGCUGCUCACCUUCCUGUUCCGCUACCAGAGAGCCAUCUUCGAGAAGGGCCAUGUGUAUGUCGGCGUGCCCCCGCUGUACAAGCUGGAUGUGGGGCGCCGCGCGCAGUACUGCUACACCGAAGAGGAGCUGAAGGCGGCCUUGGCUGAGCUGGCACCAUGCAGCUACACCAUGCAGCGCUUCAAGGGUCUGGGCGAGAUGAUGCCGGAGCAAUUGUGGUCCACCACCCUCAACCCAGAGACACGCACCCUGCGCAAGCUGACGAUUGACGAUGCGGCCGAGGCCAGCCACAUGUUCGCCCUCCUGAUGGGGGAUAAGGUGGGGCCGCGCCGCGAGCUCAUUGAGCGGCACGGCAGCCGGCUGGCGCUAGAGGAGCUGGACAUCUGA